UAAAAACUUAUUUUAGCUUUUCAACUACUACAAGAUGAAUUUUAUUCUUAGCGCCAUUACCUAUUAAUAUUUCACCACUACCUUAGUUGUAAUAAAUGUAGCCUAUUUUAAGGGCUUUCUAAAAACAUUUUAAAAUCAUUUAAUUAUAAGUUCGCUAAUAAACACAAAUAGUAUUAAUAAAAUUUUAACGAUACCGACCAGAAAAUUAAAGAUAUUCUGCUAUAAAGAUAAAUUCUAUUUGUAGCAAGUUCAUCAAAUUAAAAUUUACGAUCGCAGUUAAUUUUUUUGCGAAUUAAAUGACCAGUAUUUUCAAAACAAUUUAGUUAUUUAGAACGCAUUAAUAUUUAGUCGGCUGGUGUUAUUUUUAUAAUUUUUCCAAAUUUCUUUAAAAAUGAAAUUUAUUUUACUUUUAACAUUCCUCUCACUAAGUUAUGGUUUUUCUGUAAAGGAUUCUCAAGAACCGAAUAAACGUAUUGUUGGUGGUACGACGGUAGACAUAGGUAAACAUGGUCAUCAAAUAAGUUUACGUAAAAAGAAUAUUUUUAAUCCUAGUGCUCCGUAUAGCCAUACCUGUGGUGGUAGUAUUUACUCCGAAACUAUUGUCUUAACAGCCGCCCAUUGUAUUAUAGCUACAGUUCCCAGUCAACUAAAAGUGGUGGCUGGUGCUAAUAUUAAAAAUGGCAAUGAUGGUGUUAUGGUACCGGUAAAGGAAAUCAUUAUGCAUGAGAAUUAUAAUCCUAAGAAUUAUAAUAAUGAUGUGGCUAUUUUGUUAUUGGCGGUACCUUUGCCUUUAAAUCAAUUCACCAUACGACCCAUAGAACUGAUAGAUGAUGAACCUACUGCUGGUACAAUGACCACUAUUACUGGAUGGGGGGCUUUGGUAGAGGGUGGUGAUUCACCUUCUUUUCUACAAGAAGUAAAGAUUCCUGUAGUUUCUUUAGAUGAGUGUAAUGAAGACUAUUUGGGUGGUAUUACGGAAUAUAUGUUAUGUGCUGGUUUAAGAGGUCAGGGAGGUAAAGAUUCCUGUCAAGGUGACUCUGGUGGCCCCUUAACAAUACGUAAUAAGCUGGCUGGUAUUGUUUCUUGGGGUUAUGGUUGUGCUAGACCUGAGUAUCCAGGAGUUUAUGCCAAUGUUUGGACUUUAAAAUCAUGGAUAUUGGAAAAAAUUCAACAAAUUAAUAAAGUGAUGUAAUUUUCUUAAAUAUAAUAAUUAAAAAUCAUUUACAAUAAACAAUUUAUUAUGGGAAUUCUUAUCGUUUAUUUAUUUACUGUGUUGGCGCCUAAUCUUUAUUGGAUGAAUUAGAAUUCUUAAAAAAAUAUGUUUAACUUUUAUGAUCGUUUUUAAAUAUCAAGUUCUAAUAAUUUCUACCAGCUGUAUAAAUUUGGAGAGUUCAGCUAAAUAACAGCUAAUAGAUUUGCCAAUAAUGAGAUGUCCCUCAAUAUUAAAUUGUUUUUUUUUUGUCUCGUAUAUUAUUUAAAACUUCCUAUUAAAUUU